AUAAUCCCUGUGACGUGUCUGGGUUACCCCUUCUGGCUGUGACUGAACUGCAAAAUAGCUUGUUGCUUGUGCAACACGAUAGCCUUACUGUAAAGUAGUUAGUUGUGAGAAAAAGUAAUUUCUGCCAUACCGAUUUUCUAUUUUUAUUUUCCGACCAGAAUUUUUGCAACUCGAUAUUACCUUUCCUUGAUAGUAGUUCCGCCUGGGCCGUUGGAAGUCUCUUGCCUGCGCGCGGUGACAAGUACAUCUGGAUGCGACAGAUCGUCGACAGAAAGUGCCUUGUCAGACAUCCCUACUUGAGCUGCCUGCCUGCACGUCACCUCCACCAAGCAUGCAACAUUCCCUCCCUCGCUGUGACAGAAGAUAGCUCAGCCCCUGCCCUACCAACUCAUCUUUAUCUGGCUCCGUUGCUGCGCUGCCUCAGAAACCCAAGCAGAAAUAUUUAACUGCAGUGGUUGGGGGAACUGGCUGGACUCUCUGCCAAAACAGAGUGCUGACUGACCCAUUCGGAGAAGUUUAGUCAAUACCCAACCCACCGUCUGCACAAAUUUAUAUUCUCGCCCAAGCAGUGCCAUCACCCUCGAAAUAGCACCAGUUUCAAUUAUCUUCCCCACCCCCUCCCCAUUUCUUCCCACUACCACCACAUUCGGACGGUCAGUCAGUCCACCCUGCCUCUGAGCAUGCCCCCGUUGACCUGUCAGUGGCCUGCACCUGGGACUAACUGAUUGACGAGCGACGUCUCUUGAUUGACAGCUUCUCUGAUAGCCACCAUCUCCCAAGCUGCGCCCACAUCCAGGUUGCAAGUCCACCAACUCUGCUGCUCUGAAGUCCGCAAGGGCAAACGACUUUCACUGACCCACACAAUUUUUUUUGCUACACUUUUAGUUUUUUUUAGCACACUGAAGAGCCAUUAGAGUAUAGCCUCUCCUUAAACAAGUGGCUAGCUUUACCCCAUCCCGGCAUUGCUAUGGCUUUAAAUAUUGCUUCGAUGCGAGACACAAAAUGGCUGACGCUGGAGGUGUGCCGACAGUUCCAGAGGGGGACAUGUUCGCGGAGUGACGAGGAAUGCAAAUUUGCGCACCCGCCCAAAAGCUGCCAGGUGGAGAACGGAAGGGUGAUUGCCUGCUUUGACUCGCUAAAGGGCCGAUGUACGCGGGAGAACUGCAAAUACCUCCACCCCCCGGCCCACCUGAAGACCCAGCUGGAGAUCAACGGCCGCAACAACCUCAUACAACAGAAGACUGCAGCAGCCAUGUUUGCUCAACAGAUGCCUUUCAUGUUCCCAGGCACGACCAUGCAGCCUACCAUGCAGUCGUUUCCUAUUAGCCAGGGGCUGGGCUCCAGCCCGGGGCUGAGCUACGCUCCCUACCUGACCCACAUGACCCACAGCAUGGGCAUGAUGCCCACCGAGAUGCUCCAGCCCAGCACCCAGAGUAUCAUCGUCCCCGGCAGCCCUCCCUGCUCCAUGCAGAGCUCCUCCUCCAACCAGAAGCUUCUACGCACGGACAAGCUGGAGGUGUGCCGGGAGUUCCAGCGGGGCAACUGCGCGCGUGGCGAGACGGACUGCCGCUUCGCUCACCCCAGCGACAGCCCUAUGAUUGACACUAGCGACAACACGGUGACCGUGUGCAUGGACUACAUCAAGUCACGCUGCUCCCGGGAGAAGUGCAAGUACUUCCACCCGCCUGCCCACCUGCAGGCCAAGAUCAAGGCUGCGCAGCAUCAGGCCAACCAGACGGCCGUGGCCGCGCAAGCUGCUGUUAUGACUCAGUCGACUGCCAAAGCAAUGAAGCGACCCCUCGAGGCAACUGUAGAACUGGCUUUCCCCCACGGCUGCCUGCAGCCCCUACCAAAGAGACAAGCACUUGAGAAGAGCAACGGGGCCAGCUCGCUCUUUCACCCCAGUAUGUUGCACUACCAGCAGGCUUUGGCCAACGCACAGCUGCAGCAGCAGACGGCUUUCUGUGGCUUUCCCACAGGGUCAGUCUUGUGCAUGACUCCAGCUAGCAGCCUUGAUCAUCCUGAAGUAACUGUCAGGAAGGAAAUGGAGUGUCAAGAAGCUGCACUACAAAGCCCAAAACAGCCCUUUUUCUGUACAUACUACCUUCCCCUUCAACAACCUGCAUGCUAAGAGUGUAAUACUACCAAUUAACCAUAAGACUUGAGUGCUGGUGUAAGAUGAUACACACAACAAAAAGAUGUAAAUGUAUUGCUAGGAAACUAUUGCCAUGAAAAUUAUGACAAAAAAGAAUAUGUACUUAGUGGAGAGAUGGCGAUGUUCAUUUUAACGAUUGUUUUCUCUGUUAAAGUAAUAUGGGUCCUUUUUUAUAUUUUGUUUUCAAAACAGAACCUCGAUCUGCACAAAUGUUCACCCUUUGAAAACACCUUAUUUGCACUAUAAGAGAACUAGUGCUUAUUGUCAAAAGUGCUUCAUUGUUUUAAACAGGAGAGUCACAGAGAAGCUCCUGGUUGCAACUGGCGCUCCAGAUCAAGCUAGAAGGGAUUGUUUUACUUUUUGUUUGUUCUAAUUAUUUUUAAAAGACAAAUGUUAGGGAAGACGACAUGUUUACUCAAUGACUGUCCUCUUAAUGAUGGUUUGAACGCGUUCCCCCACCCCAUCACCACCACCCCUUUAAAAUGGUGUGGUAUGCACUCCAUAUGAACCAUUUGCCAACAUUUAAUCUCUGGAAAACCAACGGCUUGCCAAACGAAAGUCAUCGCGACUGACAGACUAACGGACAGAAGGGAUCGGAGUCGAUCUGCAAGGGAACAGACGUGGAACAGCUUCGUGGCCAAAACGUGCAGUCGGGCCUCGUUUUUGUGCACGUCUGGAAAAAAAGAACCUAGAAUUUAGAUUUCUUCUCCUUCGUUAAAUUUUCAGUUUUACAUUUGGAUGGGUGCUGAUAUUUGGGGUGUGUGUGUGUGUGUGUGUGUGUGUGAGGUUGGGUGGGAGCCUCAGAGGGGUCGGUGUUGGGGAGAGUUAUACUGGGCAUCAGGGAGUGCUACUAGCCAAUAUGGCCCCGGUUUGUGUGCCAAGGGCUUAACAAAAGCUUGCUGGUGGCCGAAAGCAUAUGGUGGGAGAGAGCCUCAGCCUAAUGGGCCAAGCCAUGGAUUCUGCCAGCAGACUGGAACAGACCGACUCGACUGGAAGUCCACCAGAAGCCCCAAAGUCAAGACCACGGGGACGAGGCCUUUUGGGGAGUGGGGCUAGAAGGAGGGAUAAGGGUGAGAUCGGCGAGGGGUGAAACAAGUGCUACGACUCAAAAAGGUGCAUUCAAAGAUGCUAGUCAUCGUCGUGAGAUGACGUGAAGUUAUUGACUGGAGGACUAUCUGUGACUGUCAGUCGUCACCCUGCUAUCACCGAGAAUCCUGUUUCUAUUUGAGAAAAACUGUAGAAGUGCCUAAAAAUCCUUUAACUUUAAAACAACAAGCAUCUGGAGAAACAUACUUUGUCAAAGAAAAAAUAAGAAUAUAUUAAAGGAUGGUUCAAGCAAAGUUCCCAAUAGUAUGUUGACCUAUUUAGAGAAAAGACUAUUCAUUUUUCAUGCAGAUGCCAUGGUUAAAGCAGUACCCUAGUGUUAUUGUAAACUUAUAUUUAACACAACAAAAAAUAACUUUCUGAAUAGAAAAUAUAUAUAAACUAACCAAGAUAGCUUGGUAGAAUGUUUGUUAAACAUUUCAUGAUGUAAUAUUUUGUUCUUACCAUAGGUUUUUAGUAGUUUACAUUGAAAAAAGUGAUUGAGAAUACAGGAAAUUGUGACUUAUGUGUAAUGUAUGUAACGUGUUUCUUACUUUGAGAGUUUAUAGUCAUGGUUAUAAUCAGCAAUGUAUUCACAUUUAUUUCAAUUUGUUGUUAAGCAUCAAAAUAAGUGUCACCAGAACAGUCUGUUAUUUUAUGCUAUGCUAUAGUUAAUUGUGUACUAGCAUUGUUUAAAACCAACCUCCACGUUAUUACCUAAUGGUUUAUGAGAUACAGUGCUUUGCGAAAGUAUUCGGCCCCCUUGAACUUUGCGACCUUUUGCCACAUUUCAGGCUUCAAACAUAAAGAUAUAAAACUGUAUUUUUUUGUGAAGAAUCAACAACAAGUGGGACACAAUCAUGAAGUGGAACGACAUUUAUUGGAUAUUUCAAACUUUUUUAACAAAUCAAAAACUGAAAAAUUGGGCGUGCAAAAUUAUUCAGUCCCUUUACUUUCAGUGCAGCAAACUCUCUGCAGAAGUUCAGUGAGGAUCUCUGAAUGAUCCAAUGUUGACCGAAAUGACUAAUGAUGAUAAAUACAAUCCACCUGUGUGUAAUCAAGUCUCCGUAUAAAUGCACCUGCACUGUGAUAGUCUCAGAGGUCCGUUAAAAGCUCAGAGAGCAUCAUGAAGAACAAGGAACACACCAGGCAGGUCCAAGAUACUGUUGUGAAGAAGUUUAAAGCCGGAUUUGGAUACAAAAAGAUUUCCCAAGCUUUAAACAUCCCAAGGAGCACUGUGCAAGCGAUAAUAUUGAAAUGGAAGAAGUAUCAGACCACUGCAAAUCUACCAAGACCUGGCCGUCCCUCUAAACUUUCAGCUCAUACAAGGAGAAGACUGAUCAGAGAUGCAGCCAAGAGGCCCAUGAUCACUCUGGAUGAACUGCAGAGAUCUACAGCUGAGGUGGGAGACUCUGUCCAUAGGACAACAAUCAGUCGUAUAUUGCACAAAUCUGGCCUUUAUGGAAGAGUGGCAAGACGAAAGCCAUUUCUUAAAGAUAUCCAUAAAAAGUGUCAUUUAAAGUUUGCCACAAGCCACCUGGGAGACACACCAAACAUGUGGAAGAAGUUGCUCUGGUCAGAUGAAACCAAAAUUGAACUUUUUGGCAACAAUGCAAAACGUUAUGUUUGGCGUAAAAGCAACACAGCACAUCACCCUGAACAUACCAUCCCCACUGUCAAACAUGGUGGUGGCAGCAUCAUGGUUUGGGCCUGCUUUUCUUCAGCAGGGACAGGGAAGAUGGUUAAAAUUGAUGGGAAGAUGGAUGGAGCCAAAUACAGGACCAUUCUGGAAGAGAACCUGAUGGAGUCUGCAAAAGACCUGAGACUGGGAUGGAGAUUUGUCUUCCAUCAAGACAAUGAUCCAAAACAUAAAGCAAAAUCUACAAUGGAAUGGUUCAAAAAUAAACAUAUCCAGUUGUUAGAAUGGCCAAGUCAAAGUCCAGACCUGAAUCCAAUCGAGAAUUUGUGGAAAGAACUGAAAAAAGCUGUUCACAAAUGCUCUCCAUCCAACCUCACUGAGCUCGAGCUGUUUUGCAAGGAGGAAUGGGAAAAAAUUUCAGUCUCUCGAUGUGCAAAACUGAUAGAGACAUACCCCAAGCGACUUACAGCUGUAAUCGCAGCAAAAGGUUGCGCUACAAAGUAUUAACUUAAGGGGGCUGAAUAAAUUUGCACGCCCAAUUUUUCAGUUUUUGAUUUGUUAAAAAAGUUUGAAAUAUCCAAUAAAUGUCGUUCCACUUCA